UACUAAUUAUUUUUGUUUUUCAAAUUUUUGUUUGUGUUGUUAUGUCAAUAUGAAUUGAAUUCGAUUUGAUUUAGUAUUCUGUUGACAUUUCUAUUCGUUUUCUCAAAUUUUAUUUCUUUGGUAUUAAGUUUGUCAAAAAAAUCGUGCAGGUGUAACAAGUCUACUUAUGUUCCCUUUGGCAACUAACUAUACCCUUGCCAAAAUUUAUGUUAUUUCAUUUACGUCUUAGGAGAAGUUGUAAACCACUUAUUUUUAACUGGAUGUUGGGUUUAUAAUGAUAACACUACUAAGCCAAGCUCAGUUUUGGACUUUAAAGGAUGAGGUUGUAAUCAAAGAUUCAGAUUUUGGCGCCUUUAGGUAUCACGAGAAGAAAGAUGCGUGUGACUCGCCGUACAGCGAGAGCAAGAAGACGUACGCGGAGAAGAGAGGGCUGUCGUGGUUCUUGCCGAACAAGCGGCCCGACAAGCUGAGGGACGCUGUGAAGGAGCUGGAGGAGCAACUGUCCCAACACAAGGUUGUGUUCUGCCAGUGGCGAGACAGCUGCAUCCUGCAAAUAAUCCUCAGCUCGGGCCUCCUUGUGAACAUCUGCGUCGACGUAUUCACGGGAGAUCUCGCGAGAGUGUCGUUCGACAAGUACUUGGUCGGGAAACUGCUGUCGGAGUGCAUUUCGGACGUGAUCCUGACGCAGUCACACGUGAUCGUCUCGUACAAGGACAACCAGAUGACGGUGGUGCACCUGGCUCGGGCGGGGCUGCGGCGGGGGGCGCCGGAGAAGCUGGGCCGGCUGGAGCCGCGGCUGCAGGUGCUGGAGCUGGCGGGCCCGGCCGGCCGCCGCCUGGAACGGAGACUGUCCUCCAGCCUGUCCGGCGACAUGGUGCUGGUGUGGUGGCGCUGCGCGCGGGACGAGGUGUAUCCCUGGAGCCCCGUCGUCAAGGACCAGGACAGAGCCAACGUGCACGUGUACAGCGUCAGCGGCGCGAGGGCGGAGCUCGCCUGCUACUACCGGACGGAGUUCGACCCCGUCUGCGUGUCCUUCAGCCGGGUGCAGCCCAGCGUCAUACACUCCAUCGAACAGAAGGUCUCCAGGAAGGGAGAGGUGACGGUGGAGAGCUGCACGUACGAGGUCAGCAAGAGCCGCCUGCAGAGGACAGCGGUCACGUCCAUCCCGCUGCAGACGCAGGUGUGUUGCCACGGCUACAGUCCCGACGAGGAGAAGCUGCUGCUGGGAUGCAUCGACGGCUCGCUGGUGCUGUUCGACGAGGGCCGGGGCAUCACCCAUCUCGUCAAGGCCGCAUUUAUCUCCACGAUGGUGUCGUGGCACCCGGACGGCGCGCUGGUGCUCGUGGCCAACGACCGGAGCCAACUCCAGUGCUUCGACGUGGCGCUGGCCUGCGUGAGGCAGCAGCUGCUGAGCGAGGACGUGACCCCCGCGGGGCUGCUGGACCUGGGGUGCUACUUCCGGGGCCGGCCCUCGCUGCUGGGGGCGCGCUGGGGCCCCUCGGCCCGGGCCGACCGGCACGGCGAUGCCCUGGCGCCCGGCGACGCACUGCUGCUGCUGCUCUUCCACAGGGGCCCGCUGGCCGUGCUGAGGCUGGUGGGAGGGGGCGGGCUGCGCGGGGACGCCCACGGCGCGGGGCUCACGGCCGACGCGCUGGUGUGCCUCUACCUGUCCGUGAACCACGUGGACCGGGCCGUCAACGUCCUGCUGAGCCUCAACUGGGACUCACACGGCCCCAGCUGCCUGGCCUGCCUGCAGCGCAUCGUGAGCCACCUGUGCCGCCAGCCGCUCGCCCCGGACCGCGAGGUCCAGCUGCAGACGGCCCUGGGCAGCUUCCACGUGCCGCUCCAGCCGAUGUGCCACGCGACGGAGCUGGAGUUCGGGGAGCAGGUGCGGGACCUCACCAGGAGGUUCUUCCACCACUUGCUGAGGUACCGCAUGUUCGACAAGGCGUUCCGGCUGGCGAUCGACCUGAACGACCAGGACCUGUUCAUGGACAUCCACCACUACGCCCGGGCCGUGGACGAGCGCCCGCUGGCCGACGCUGCCAGGGAGAAGGCGGAGCAGAUAUUCGACCAGUGCAGCAGCGCCACCAGCUCCGACGCAGGCUCCCACUCGGCCUGCUCGGGCUGCUCGGGGGACCGCAGCUGGGGCGAGCCGCCUGGGGCUCGGCCUCGCGGCUCGGCGCCCCCGCUGCCCGUGCUCAGGCCCGGCGACAGGCAGAGGGUGCAGUUCUCCGACACCGUCACGCACAUCCUCGUGCCGGAUGAGUUGCCGGAGCCUGCCGAAGCAUGCAGGGAACCAGACUUAGUGCCCGACCCACAGCAAGAACUGGCCGACAGUCUCCCGCUCUGCCUCGGCAACAAGCACUACCUCCGGGACUUUGCCCCAGCCCCAGAUCAAUCUGAAGAAGAAGAAAAUGGUAACAGUUCAAUAAAGGUUAUUCAUUUUGGAGUUGUUUGACAUUGGCAAGGACAGCACAUCAUGUGGUUGGUGCCGUGAAUACAAAAAAAGUGAACAUUAUCUUUGAUGUUCAGCAGUGUUCCUGCUGCCUAUCGGGGCUGUAAUGUUGGUAAUGUAGAAGCACUCGUUAGAAAUAAUGUACAGGCAAGAUCAGAUGUUGAACCGUAAUGAAACUGAAAUAAUGCCUAAUGCAUGUCUAUAUAACACAUGACACAUGAGAUCAUAAUCUAAGGCAAAACGAUGAACUCAAAAACAUUUACUGUAAUUAUUGGUAGUGGAAAAUUGAAACUUUAUACUAUUGUGCACAAUGUAGCAAAAUUGACUUGUGUAUUUUUCAAGAAAACUAUAGAAAGAAGUCAAGUUAAUAAGUCUUAGUUUAAAAAAAAAAAAAAAACAAAGUGUUCAGCCGAGGGUAUGUAGAGAAACACCAUAAAGAAACGUGAUCGCGAGUUCAAUUUACUUUAUCGCGAGCACUGGUAAACGUAACAUGAGGCUGUCUUUGCUCCACAGUUGGCAAUGAAUAUUUUUUUAUUUAUUUAUUCAGUUUUUGUUCAGUGGAUCCUAUAUGGAGUUAAGGGCUCCGGGAUAUAGAAGAAGUCAAGUCCAUUUUAUACAGAUAAUACAUAUAUACAUACAUACGCAUAAGUAUAAUUAUUAAACAUUAUAGAGUACAUUGCUACAUAAGAAAUGGUAUAAACUCAAGUUUAGGACAUUUAUACAUUUAUAGUAUGCACGUCUCUAUGGUUCUCGGGCUUCAUUGUAUUUUUAAAACAAUCAACACGACCAGUUUUCUUUAAAAUAGUAGCGCUGUGGGAAGGAAACUUAGGGUAAUAGUGCAUAAAUUACAAAAUUAGGCAAUUAUUUUAAAAAUUAGUUUUGACUUACAAAAAACCAGUUGCGUGAAAUACUAUUCUAACAAAAACAAUAUAACACAGUUUAAGAACUUGGACUGAGGUAUCGGCGCGAAGUAUCGGCAAAUAUUUUACAAAUGCUGCCGAUGCCGAUACUCUGAAUAUCGGCCGAUACUUAAGAAUCGGAAUCGGCAUCGGCCCAGCCCUAGUUUUCAUAUUUGUCAUGUCCUGUAACGUACAUACAGUAGCAUUAUGCAUGUUAUAAUGCUACUGAAAAGUAUUUAUGUUUCUGUUAUGUGUAUGUGCUGUGUUGCUCCAAAAUUACAUUAUACGAUUAUAGUUCUAUAUUGGUGUCGGUGAAGAGGCAGUGAGCUGUGUAAGUCUGUUACAACUGAGGGCUAUGCUUGUUAGCAGAGGCACCGGGCGAUACUUAACAACGAGAGAUGUGGUUGGGCGUACUGUAGAGGAGCAUAGUGGUGUGAUGUGGUUUCGAAAUACUGAUGUUAAACUGUGUGUUGUCACAUGCUCAAACAACUUUGCACACUUUUGUUGAUCGUCUCUUGUGGACCCCCAAUUGCUCCACAUAAUAAAUUAUGAAUGUGUGAUAAUUUGAUUUUAAAAAAAAUAUUAACAGAACACCUUUAAAUAACUGCUUAGCUAAUAUAAUUUUUGACCAGAUCCCGAUAAUGCACACACACUUUAUCAAGUAUCAAUACUGUCGAUACGGCCAAAAAUUAAAUUGUUCUAAACAAAUGUACAAAUGUUUGAUUUUAACAAACACUUUAUAUACUAUACCGUGAUACACAAACAUCACAAAAAAUAUACUAUUCUGUAAUAUAUCCUUCCAAAAUGGUUGUAAGUAAGUAUUUUAAGCCGCCCAAAUGAUGUGCCUUAAUUAACUUAUAUUGUCAGGUGUGCUAAGUCCAGUGGCGUAGCGUGGGUGGGGCGGAGGGGGCGGCCCGCCCCGGGCGGCAGCCCGCGGGGGCGGGUCGUCGGUGAAGCGGGUUGAGAUCUGAUCUAUGAUUCAUUCAUUACAUGUGUCAGACACACUAUAAUGUUCCAUUUUUAUCUAAAAUUUUGCGCACCAACUAUUUUUUAAUAUUUAUUUAAAAGAAAAACUGCGAAAUCACUGACAGAGCUCUUUAUAACGUUUGUUUGUUUACAUACGAACGGCAACAUCGCAUCACGCCGCGCCGCCCGGCGCGCGCGAGCCGAGUUGAGCCGCACUCCUUAUUAUGUUAAUUACUCAUACAAAAUCUUUUGUUUCACGCGUCGGCCCGUGUCGAUGCCUCUCUUUCGCACUCAUUGAAUUUAGUACUACGCAUUGUACUGUAAAGUUUGACCUUAACCCAGGGCAAACCAAACAACUUCCGCAAACCGGGACACAGUAAAACUCCUAUAUUGCCCCGUACCACGAGCGCAGGUAAACCCAAAAAAAUAUUAAAAACCAAAUUAAUAGCAGGCUUAAAAAAUACUAAUAAGGUUGCGAACAGUGAGAGGAGGCAGCAAGUUAAAAAGACGCAAAAUUUAUAUGACAACAUUUAAUAAAUAUAUAUAUAUAUAUCAUAAAAUCGUUUCAUCACAAAUCGGCGCAUCCAUCAUAAAAUACAUACCAUAUUACUACUUAUAAAAAAUAGCUAUAUAAUAAUACUAAAAAAAUACUUUAACAAUUCCCCCCAAAAAUUAUAAUUUGAUCAUAUACUUCGGAGCUCCGAAAAUUAAAUAUAAUUACCAAAAAGGCAUUAAAAAUACAUAAGAACAUAUUAAUACAAAUACAAAUAUAGAUACGCACCGGGCGUAUCACCGCUGUAAAUACCAAUUAACAUAGGCAAAAUCUAGCAAUAAAUUGACACACCUUAACAUGCAAAUAAAACUCUGCGCUUUAAAAACCCUCUUAGUGGAAAGUAGAGACCGUUUCAUGCAAGAAGCAAUUGACUUUGCUAAGACUCUCUGCGAAAAACUAGGAAUCGAACUCAAAACGAGAAGAAUUCGCAGGAAAAAACGCAUGCAUGGCGAUGAAUCUUCUGAAGAUGCAGCUUUGUCUCACGAACAGGAAAUCCGUCGUGAGAUUAUCUCAUCAUUCGACAAGAUCAUUCAAGAAAUGACGACUCGAUUCCAGCAAAUUCAAGAAAUAUCGGACAAGUUCGGAUUUUUGAUGCCAGCGAAACUUUUGGACAGCAAGUUCGAGUGUGAUCUUUCCCAUGUAUUAGAAGACAUCGACAAGGAUGAGUUUCAGAUGGAGCGGAAGCGUCUUCAGCAGUUUGUUGUUGUUGCCUGUUCUGAAUCAGAGGAAGAUAUAAGUGGUAAAGGACCACUGGAGCUCCUCCAGUUCAUUCAAAAACUGAAUCUCGUAAUUUCGGUUCCAAAUAUAGUCAUCUUGAUUCGAAUAUAUUUGACUUUGGCGAUUAGUGUUGCAAGUUGUGAGAGAAAAUUUUCGAAGUUGAAGCUAAUAAAAAAUUACCUCAGAUCUACUAUGAGCUCCGCUAGACUAUCAAACUUGGCUAUAUUGUCGAUUGAACAAGAAUUGGCUGCUAAUAUUGAUUUUGACAAAGUUAUUUCUGACUUCGCUGCUCAUAAGGCCCGUAGAAUCCGCUUGUAAAACCGCUCAUCCUAUUUUAACUUCAAUAAAAGGUACCUCAUUGCAUGUGAAAUUUAAUUUUAAUCAAGCACCUAUAGAAUGGGGGCGGCAAAAUGGGUCUCCCGCCCCAGGCGCCGAGAUGGCACGCUACGCCACUGGGUUAUACCAGAGUAUUUUAUGAAAGUUGGGUGAAGCAUGUUGAGUUACUCUUGUACGUUUUGCUGUCAAAGAGUAUGAAGAGUGUAAACGAAAUUUUUUAAUGUUAAAAAUUUUGGCCCUGUUUUACCUUAGUGCAUAGUUAAUUAAAUGUUGUUCUUAAUAGUGACCAACUGUUGCUAAUAGUUUCACCUAUGAAAUAAGUGAUGUUUAGAAUUGAUUUUUUUUCUUUCAGAAUUUAUACAACUGUAAUAAUUCUAUCAAAGGACACCAUUUUAUGAUCUUAGAAAAUUCAACAAGACUCAUAAUUAUUAAUAUUAUACAAACUAGAAUUUUAAUGUCAACAAGCUGAGAAAUAUCAAUCCUGCAACAUUGGAUACCAUUUUCUCUGUACUGUGAACUAUGAGUGAGUGAGAGAUUCUGUGGUAGAAGUGUGAUCAUACUUUGUAGUACUUGUAGGUUGCAAAAUAGUGGUACAGACUUGAGACUGUAUCAGCUAGUGUUUUAGGAAAUCAGUAUAUGUUCUCAUUACUUUAAUUUAUUUUUUAAUAUAAAAGUUUGUAAUAUGUCUCAUUUAUUUUGAAUGAUCUGUUGUGGCAGACAGCAAAGUGUAACAGAGUAAACGAAAUAAGUAUAAUUGGCACAACUGAUA